CUUACGCGUACGGGUUGUCUGCAAGCCUUGCGGACAAAAUGCAACUUUCCAAUAACCUAAAACUACGUAUAUAAUUAAAGAAAUUUUGAUAUAAUUACGUUUACCAAAUAUGCGCAUAGUCAGUUAAUUAUUGAAAAUAUAUAAUAUAUUUAUUUGUGCAGUGAAUUUUUUAAAAGAUUAUUUAUUAAAAAUGGAUGAGGCGUUCGCACAUCUCGAGGGAAAUAACUUAAGGAACAAUAAGAAAACCGAGAUCCCCCCGGAUGGCGGGUGGGGUUAUAUUGUUUGUAUUGGAGUUGGAUUUACUUUCAUGCUAGGCUUUGGGUCGUCUAACGCGUUCGGUAUUUUGUUCAACAAUUUCUUCCUUGAGCAGGAUGGUGCCAGCGGGCUUCCGCUUGUCAUAGGUGUUUAUAACGGAGCGUUAUCGAUUGCAGGGUUCCUGAGCGGAAUAGCCUUGAAGAAAUAUUCGUUUCGUCAAGUUGGCUUAGUUGGAGCUGGCCUGUUCGUUUUAGGGGAUAUAUUAACUAUAUUUGUUCAAAGAACUUACCAACUUGUGUUUACGUUUGGAGUUAUACGAGGUGCAGGCUUCGGCGUGAUGAUACCAGUUAGUUUUACAGCAUUCAAUUGCUAUUUUACCAAAAAACGCACUGCAAUGAUGAGUGCCAAUCAAACAAUGAGUAGUAUGGCGUCAAUAACUUUUCCCAUUCUCGUGACAUACCUUCUGUCAGAGUACGGGUUCAGGUGGACCUUAGCCCUUGUCAUGGCGGUCGACUUACAUUUAAUAUUCGCCAUGAUUGUAAUGCAUCCUGUGGAAUGGCAUAUGAUCAAGACGGCUGAUUGUCCUGAAAUAGAAUUAUCAGCGACAUCCGAUGUUAAACGUUCGUCUAAAAUAAAAUGCAAUAAAUCGGAGGCCUUUGAUGAAUCUAUUGUAAAAAUGUUACCAGGUGAAGACAAUGUCGUCGGAACUAAAUCUACUAAUCGUCAUGAGUCCAUACAAAAAAGCAUAAUCAAAGUAAUAUAUGAAAACGUCGAAUUGGACUUACUGAAGGAUCCUCGUUUUGUGAGCACUUUGAUCGGACUCGGGUUCGCCUUUGUUUCUGAUGUUACAUACUUAGCUAUGGAGCCAAUGUUGCUAUUCUCAUAUGGAUACUCACAGAUGCAAGUAGCGACGUGUGUAAUGAUUGGGGCUAUAGCCGAUCUGGCGGCAAGAUUCUGCCUCGCAGUGUUUACAUAUUUUUAUAAUGUAGAUAGUAAAAAACUCUUCUUCGCUGGUACUUGUGUGACCAUGGUUCUACGAGUAGCUCUCGUAUCGUCUGACAAUCUGAACUUCGUGAUCGCGAUCACGGCAGUUUCUGGCCUGGUCAGGUGUUCAGUACAAGUCCUGUUUCCGCUGGUCUUGGUCAGCGCGGCGCCAGACCGUUUCCCGGCUGCUUUGGCGCUGCAUAUACUGUUUUCAGGAUUUUUAAUGUUGAUGGCUGAUCCGUUAAUAGGUGUAAUUUACGAAACAACGGGCAGUUAUGUCAAUUGUUUUCUAGCUAUGAGUUUCUGUUGUCUAGUUUGUAUAGUGCUUUGGACGGUAGAAUAUUUCGUUAGCCGUAAGCAUAGCUCCUAAACUUAUAUUAGGUAAUUGUUAUAGAUUAAGUCUGAAGGAUGUUCAAAUAUCGAAAUAAUUAUAAGCACAAUAGUCCAGACGAGUUACAUCAAUAGUGAGGUUGUUUAAACAUCGUAUUAUAAUAAUCGUUUCUUUCAUUCCGCGAGCGUCAGCCGCCAUCUUGAAAAUACGUUACUGCCAAUAUUUCAUAAAAAUAGUAUCAUUCUUGUAAUUAGAGCGCCCAGAAAUUAAAACUCGGUUGACACUCAAUUACGUAGUCCAAAAAUAUCGUUACUAUUAGUGCAAAUAAUCGUAUCUUUGAGUAUAUUGUCUUUAUACAAUUGAUGUCUUAAAGCACGUUAUAAAUGAGUUACGAUGUAAGUAAUAGCGAGUAUGACAUGGAUAUUAAUUAUAUAAAAUUAAAUAUGCUCUCCUGUAAACUACACAAUUUUGAGAUACGACGUUUUACAAUUAAGACGAUAUUCUAAAUUAAAAUAAGCUUCUUAGGAUUUUUAAUUUUGUACGAGUCUGUCGUUCUUAGAAUUCAAAAGACAUCAUAUCUUCAUCAAAAAACAUCAUUCUUCAUUCAAUCUAAGGAUCUGUAAACGGGGGUCAAGUUCACUAUUUCUAAUUAAUUUCGUAUCAUAGUAUUAUUUUUACUCUAUGACGACUUUACUUCACUUAUAAAAUUAAAAUAAAUAAUUAAUAAUAGAGUUAAGACUAAAUUUUAAUUAGAUAUAUGUUUGUU